GGAAAAUGCUUAGAAGAAGAUUAAUUGUAAGUCAAAAGUUUGAACUUGAUGAAUGCAACAGUUUGAGAGCAGGGGCACCAGCACCCAGUAUGGGCUUAGUGGAAGCGAUACUUGAACAAUAACUAUAAGCUACCAGUAGUAUUGAGAGGAGCUGAUCAUACCACAGUUGAAUCGGAGAGUGCGAAAUCAACUGAAAAUGAGAUACAUAAAUUUAAAUAACUAUGUGUUCAUCCACCUGGCUCUGAUAAUAACAUGGAAAGGCGUGUUGCUGGUACACACUCAGCUGCACCAUGAAUCUGUGCAGUGUACUGAACUAGCUGCACCAUCCAAUGGCUUCAUUUACAUCAGCUCCAGAUCACCCUAUGGACUGGCCACAUUUGCAUGCAACGACGGCUAUCAAAUGAUAGGCAGGAGCGCAAUAGUUUGCCUGGCAGAUGGAAUGUGGUCAGACCGAGUACCGAUAUGCACAAGUAUUCUAUGUAAUGCACUUCUCGAACCACUCAAUGGCGUCAUUGUCAGCAGGUCCACAGUACCCUAUGGACUGACCACAUUUGCAUGCAACGAUGGCUAUCAAAUCAAAGGCAAGAGCGCAACGGUUUGCCUGUCAAAUGGAAUUUGGUCAGACCGAGUACCGACAUGCACAACAAUCUCCUGCAACCCUCCACCCAGCAUUGCUGAAGGUAACGUACAGCACAGUCAAUCACCAAUCACUCCCGGUAGUGUGGCAUUUUUCACAUGUAAUACAGGACACCGACUGACCGGGAACAACAUUCUCACCUGCCAAAAGGAUCUCUCCUGGUCAUCAUCAUCCCCAACGUGCACACCAAUCUCCUGCAGCCCUCUACCCAGCAUUGCUGAUGGUAAUGUACAGCCCAGCCAAUCACCACUCACUCCCGGUAGUGUGGCAUUAGUCACAUGUAAUAAAGGACACCGACUGACCGGGAACAACAUUCUCACCUGCCAAAAGGAUCUCUCCUGGUCACCAUCCCCAAUAUGCACACUGAUAACCUGCAACACUCCCUCUCCACCGUUUCAUGGCAAUGUCACUUAUGUGGCACUGAAUGUAAACAGUGCAGCCAGCUACACUUGCAACAAGAAUUACGUACUUCAAGGACCAUCUGCAGAUGUUUGUAAUGAGAGUGGUGUGUGGUCUUAUGGAGCUCCGCGUUGCAAUCGAAUAAUGUGUGACAGUGUUCCGCUUGUUGCCAAUGGCUACUUCCGCAUGAUACCUGCUAACGCCAGCAAAGGAGCCACUGCAAAUCUAGUUUGCUUCCCAGGAUACGAGGCAAUGUCUGGCCCAGCAACUAUUACUUGUGACAGCGAUGGGGAGUGGGAAAAUGGUUCCAUUCCUCCAAGGUGUACAGCAAUCUCCUGCAGCCCUCUACCCAGCAUUGCUAACGGUGGUGUGCAGCCCAGCCAAUCACCACUCAGUCCCGGUAGUGUGGCAUUUGUCACAUGUGAUGCAGCACACCGACUGACCGGGAACAACAUUCUCACCUGCAAAGACGAUCUCUCUUGGUCACCAUCACCAAAAUGCACAGCACGCACAUGUCCCGCUCCGACACUUCAUAAUGGUGUAGUUACUGGGAUCACACCUAUGUCAUACAGUGUCUCCUGCAACAGUGGAUAUAAGCUAAUUGGACUGAGCAUCGUAUACUGUAUCGACAACACGACGACGACACCUCAGCCCCAUUGCAGCCCAAUAACCUGUGAUGCCCCUUUGCCACCCUAUCACGGUAACGUGAGUUAUUCCACACUCAAUGUGAACAGUAUGGCCGGAUACACGUGUAACGAGGGGUAUACGCUUCAAGGUACACCCAGUCUGGCUUGUACUCUGAAUGGUAUUUGGUCGGAUGAAAAACCUGUCUGCAUACCUCAGCAAUGCCGCAGCCCUCCCAACAUCACUAAUGCCGUCGUAUUGGCUGACCGAACAAAAUCCUAUGUAUUUGGUGAUGGUGUGUUUGUACAAUGUAACACUGGACAUAGUGGUAGUGGCAAAAUCAACUGUACAUCAGCUGGAACAUGGAGCAGCCUGGCUUGUUCUGCUCAACCAUGCCCUAGCCCACCCAACAUCACUAAUGCUGUUGUAAUGGCUAAUCCAACAAAAUCUUACGUGUAUGGAGAUGGCGUGCUGGUACAAUGUAACACUGGAUAUGCUGGUAGUGACAACAUAACCUGCACAGCUGAUGGAUCUUGGAGCUUGCUGAUGUGCUCAGCAAUCACUUGUGGACCACUGACAAGUCCUGACAAUGGAAUGAUAUCUGUGGAUGGUCAUACAUUCAGUGCUGUAGCAUCAUUCGCGUGCAAUGCUGGUUACAGACUUAACGGUUCUGCAAGCAGAGUAUGCAGUCAGCAUGGAUCAUGGUCAUCCACCAACCCUACUUGCACUAGAAUCACUUGCGCGCCUCUGACGAAUCCACAAAACGGCAGUGUGCUGGCAGGAGGCCAUGAUGUUGAAGAAACUCGAACCUACACGUGUAAUGAUGGAUACACCAUGGCGGGGCGUGCUCUGACAACUUGUCUUCUGAGAGGUGCCUGGUCUUCACCACCGCCUACUUGCCAGGCAAUCAAAACAUGUCCCACUCUGAACCUAGCACAUGGUUUAGCAACGCACGGUCUCAACACUGUCAAUAGCGUACGCACUAUCAUUUGUGAUACCGGUUAUGAACUGUACGGCGACAGGAACGUGAUGUGUUUGCCAAUCGGCCACUGGUCUAGUGUGCCGCGGUGUACAAGAAUUCAAAUGUGCGCAAAUCUUCUGGUAGACCAUGGCGUGUUCACGGCGUCGCUGAACAGAGUGAAUGACGUCGGCACCUUGCAAUGCAAACCAGGCUACCAAAUCAAUGGCAGCAGGUCUGUUGUCUGCCUCUCCACUGGCAGAUGGUCUGAUACUCCUAAUUGUGUUGUUCUAACUGACCCAACGACCGCGGGCGCCGGCAGAACAGCCUCUUGGCUGGCCCAAUCAAGUAGCAUUGCAGUGAUUGCAGCCAUUGCUGUCCUAGGAAUACUUCUCCUAGUCUUUCUCAUCUACUCUAGACAACAGCAGUCUUCAAAACAAACAGAUAUCGUCAACUCCAAGCAAAAACCUACCGAGAAUCUGUACAAGAGCGGAAGGACUGUCUCAUCUACACCAACGCCUGCCACUGAAAACAAUGCAUACGCCGACACGUACACAGUGAGGCAAACGCUAGAACGAAAAGUCUCAGCAAGCGAUCCUAGUGCCUUCACGCCCAGCAGUAGAGCCACACAGAAUGUGUAUAAACUAAAGCAUAGCAUUACGUCCAUGGCUGGCACUGUCGAGUCCCCAUUAUCGUUGAAAAGCCGUCAAUCGGUUUACUCGGACCUGUACUCCGCCACACCAGAGUCGGAGAGGCGGAAAUCAUCAGCAGUGAACGGUGGAGUCAUCUUCAACAAUGGAACAGCUCAAAGGAAGUCCCACAGCGAAUUAACAGUUUGCGAGAGCAGGCCAUCUCUAGUAACAACUACCGGCAAUGAAGACGUGGAAAAUUACUCAGAUAUGUACACGCUCAGGCUGCAAAGGGAAUCGACAACUCCCAGCGGUGCAGCCAUCGCCAUGACACAAACUGUCCACGAUCGGUCCCACAUGCAGCCGAAGCAGAGCACGAUAAGCACGUCCUUCUUGCCGGAUUAUCUGUCGUCGCCCAACCCAUCCAAUUAUUCUGACGUGCCCUCACUGGACAGGUCCCAGAGAAGGACGAGCAAGCAAAGAAUGGAAUGGGAUGAGCCCAGUACUUACGAGGCAAUGAACUCUCGCACUGCAAUUCCUCCAGUCAGCCCUAUAUCACGAUUGGCUUGUGACAGUGUUACCGAGAUGUUGCACAGUGAUCUGUCAGACAAGUCAUUGAGGUGACCCGAGAAAUGGUGCGUGUGAGCAGGCAAUUCGGGCAAAGCAAUGCACUUGUCACAAAGCGCGCAUGGGCAGUGUGUGCAGCCACCUUGCUCGUCACCUCCCAGCUAGUUGUGUUCUGCUGAACUCAGCAGGGCAUUCCCUCGCUUGUUCAAGUGCAAUAUCUUCUUGCACUUCACAGCAAACUUGGGAUGAUGCCACUGAUGGGGAACGGUGCACAAGCACAUGACAUGCAUGAUAUGCUACACACUUUGCAGGAAAAACGUUUCUCUCUCUCAUGUUUCACGGCGUCGUUUGGUGAACAAUAUCGUAUCAGUGCGUUGCCUGAACAGUAUCAAGUGGCACGAGCAGGAAGAGAAAAACGAGACAGAACAGCAAAGAAAGUAUUCCAAUUGCGAUACUUGAAAACAUUUGUUUUCAGUGGAGAUAUUUUCACUGAAUUUCCUACUUCAGAAGUAAAUGUGAAGAUCAUCAUAAUCAUUGCCUUCCAUGUAGUGCACUAAUGUCGAAUUAUGUCGUGGUUCCCCUUGGAACAGAGACGGACAUCUACGUCUCCUUCUUUCUUUAAAAUAGAAGAGAUCACAUGGAAACGAGUUAUGGCAACAAUCCAUGGCUGUAACAAGAUAAUAAGCAGUUAGAAAGUGCGAUAACAGGGCACAACACUGUUACAGUUACACUCCUGGGUAGUUGCUUCAUAACUCGUUUCCAUGUGAUUUCUUCUAUUUCAAUUAUUUUAUUGACUCAGUAUCCUUCUUUAAUUCUUCCUUUUAUUAUUCAGAGCAUUUGCUUGCGCUAUCUCUGCCAAAAUUUUGAAAGUUCUCUCUGGUCAUUUCUUUCUCGCAACUCCUCGUCGACCAAUACUAUGCAUUAACUUGGCAAUAUAGCAACUUGGCAAUAUAGCCAUUGAAUUUCUCAAUAUCAGA